GCCAUUUUAUCUCUGCCUGAGGCCAGUUGGGCCCUGUUGGUGGCUCAGUCCUGCAGCCCUCGCAGAGUCACAGAGUUUUAGGGAAUGGAAGGAACCACGAGAGAUCAUCUAGUCCAAUGCCCCAAGCCUCGCUUGGCCCCUGAGCUGGGCUGUGGCCCUGCCUGGUUUGCCUCGUUGCCUGGAUUUAGUGUUUGCUGAGCUGGUGCUAUGUGGUUCUCAGUUGCCCAAAAGGGAGUUCUCACGGUGUUUCUGGCAGUCUGAAACUCUCGCUGAGAUAUUACCAGGAUGUACACGAACAUAAUGUUACACCAAUGGAGACAUGAACUUCUCUGAUCAGCUCUCGGCAUCCUUAUGAUUUGGGGAAUAUUUACAAGGUCUCUGCCCAGUCUGGAGCUGGAAGCUGUGCUCAAAUGCUGCUCAGCCUGCGUGACUUUGUUUUACAGGCCUGCACUAAACUCUGAAGAUCGGAAGAGAGUUGGGAUGGAAUCUGCGAAUCCUUGUCUCGUUCUAGCAGAUGUUCGCUCUCCACAACCUUCUACUGAAGAUACUUCCCACAUCAUGAGCACAGCGCUCUUCUGGUUGGUCCAUCUGCGCGGAUGAAGCCCCGUCAGAGCACAGCGGGCUUCCUGCUGCUCGGUCCCUGGCAGAAGUCAAAAGGAAACUUCUCCCUGACAAAGUCCCUUGUUUCUCUUGGGAAGCAAAGUGCGGAGGAGCGAGCGCAGCGGGGACCCGCAGACCCACGGCCCUGUGACCAGGACGGGGACGCGCUGGCCCUGACCAGCCACGCGAGGUCCCAGCCCCGAGGCACCGCCCUGGCGGUUCCCACUCCCAUCCCGCACAGAGAGGACCCCAGACCUGCCCCACUAACAGCCCUGGUCACCCAGAACUGCAGCGGAAGCAGAAAUGACUUCAGCCGAUGCUGUUUUCAGAGCGAGAGCAUUGGGGAAUCAAUCACAGCCAUGUUAUAAAAGGAUCCCUAUCACUACAGAGCUGAGUUUGAAAGACUGCAGCUUGAGUCCAGAUACCACAUGCCGAGAAGAAAGGAACCCAAACAGCUGACGCGGAGUUCAGACUAAACUAACUGCAAGCUCCCCAGGGACAUCACAAGAUCGUGUGUGUGAUGGCGCCAGCACCUCUGCGAAUCCCCAUCCCUCAGCAGAGCGCAGCAGAGAACAGGCGGUUCCCCUGUAUCCCGAGAUACAGCAGAGCGGGAUGGAGCAAGAGAUGACAUCCGUCUGUGGUCUGGGCUCUCUGCCUCAAGUCAGUUUUUCCAGUAUUUUCUCCUUUAACUGCGGUGAAAGACAAACGAAGGAGCGCCUGUGGCUCUGAAUGGCAGCGAGGGGCCUCCCGCCGGCCUGCGGCACCCGGGCUCGUCCCUCCUGGAGCCACAGCGUGACCGUUUCUGCGAGGGAGCGUGUCCCCGUGCUGCUGCAGGGCCUGUUUGCCACAGAGCCACGGGCGCUGGAGGAGCCUCUGAACGGCAGAGGUGUCGGCGAGGAGCCCGGGCCACCCCUGCCCAGCGCUGCUUCUCCCGCCACGCCACGGUUUCGGCGCGGCUUUCUUCUGAAAAGAAAUCGCAGAGAGGAGUCACCGAGCAGCCCCUCCGCUCCGAGGACACCGACAGGCAGGCCGAGGAUGGAGGAGCGGGACCGUGUCAGAAAAGUUUUGCCACCGUGCCUGCGAGUUGUGGCUGGAGAGGGUUGUUCGGGGUGCAGCGUCGGAGAUGCCGAGGGCGGGCGAGGCAGCCGGAGGAGUGUGAACCAUGGUCACCAGGGGGACGUGGGCACAGCAGCUGUGGCACAGGAGGGACUCCUUGGUGAGGACCCGUCAGGUAGAAAAGCCCCAGGACCCCCUGGCAGCGGCGGGAGCCGUCGGGACGAAGCGGGGACCCCUAGGGACCCCCCGGGAACAGGCAGCGGGAGAGCGGCUCAGCCAGAUUCCAGCUCAAAGGAGUUGACUGAAGCGUUCAGGCACCUGGGCUGUAACUAAAGACCACGGCACAUCCUUCACGGGUGAGACAGCGGCUGCUCUGAGCAUCCCACCCCGCGGCACGAGAGGAGCCAACAGCUGAGUCUUCAGCAGACCCUCCUGCUGCUGCUUCCACAAAGCUGACCCUGACCCAGCGCUUGGCCUCACAGACCCAGAACAAGUCCCCCCUGAGGACCAUUGGGAGAGCCUGGAGCGCUGCUCGGUGUCGCUUCCCCGUGCCCUGCUGGUGGCGUCCCCCCGAGCGUCCCCUCCCGUGGCACCAACCGGCACUGCGGUCCCCAGUGGCAGCAGAAACAUCUGAGCAGAAGGUGACUUUGCCCGCAUGAUGUGAAUUAACCCCUCAUCUGCCUCAGGCCUGGGUCCCUAGGACAUGGGAGGCUGUUUGCCCAGCAGCAGACUUGGAAACCACUUUCUUCGUGAAGGGAAUCACAAGCUCCGGCUGCCCCGAGGCCGCUCCCGCCGCAGCACAGAGGCUCUUGAACAGAGUUUGGCUUCUGCCUUCCCCUGAAUAGAGCUGCUUGUUCUCAGAUCUGAUGGUCCAGCACCCUCCUCCAUGCCAGCCCAGCCCUGGGGACAUGGAGCAUCUGGGAGGACAAGGGCAGGAGCCCCAGUUGCUGCCCAGUCGUCUCCACCUUGAGUGACCCGAUGGGACAACCGUGGUGUCCCCAGGGACCGCUGCUGCUGAUCCAGACCCAAAGAGCGCCCGAAAGCUCAACCUGUUUGGUUCCUUUUAUCACGUGAGCUGCGGAGAUGCUCCCCUGCUGAUGGUCACAGGCUCAAACGUGACCUGCCCAGCAGCUGGUGAGGUUUGGCCCAGCUCACCAUGGACACUGCAGCUGUCCACCCUCCGUGUGGAAACAUGGGGUUUUGGUGGGACUGUCCCCAUUGACAAGAACUCCCUGGAGACACCAAGAGCCAUCUCUGGAGCUGCUCUCGCAUCGUCUCGGCAGACGGACAGGUACUGGCAGUACUGUUCCAGCGCUGGGUGCUGGGUACCACGCCACUGAGCGUCCCUGGUGCCCACACAAACCCCGUUUGCCAUGACCGCAUAGUGCCACCGAACCACACACACCAGCAACCGUGACCCCGCACAGCCCGGCUCCAGCAGGGCCUGCAGCCCCGUGCUGGGCACCCCCGGCUGCCGGGGCCGCGGGCACCCCUGGGUGCAGCCGGGGAGCCGGCGGGUGCAGCGGCAGCAGAUACUGCGGGGCGGCUUUAAUCCUGCUCCAGGUGGCUGCGAUCCAGUGCAGGAUUUACAGUGCCCUGACCCUGAGCUGUCAAGAGGGAACAGCCAGAUUAAUGGGGUGGGCGGGUUCCUGCAAUAAUCGUUUGUUUGAUGUGACAAGCCUGAUAGGCGUUGAUUUACUUACAGACUGAUAGGCUUUUAAUUGAGCACCUCCGUCCCAGUCACAUCAAAGGCAGAGGUUGACAAGGGGCCCCUUUUACCAAAAGCUCCGGGUGACUGACAGAUCCUGGAUGCUAAUUCUCCUGGGGAGGGGGUUCCCUCUUUUUCUCUUCUUGCUUUGGCUUUUUCCCUCUCAGAAUGGCCAGGCCGGGCGCAGAGGCCUGUCCCUGGGAGAGGGGACACCGCUGUCCCCUUCCUCCCACCCAGGGCCCCCCUGCACAGCCACCCCCUGCACAGCCAGCCAGGCUUCCCACCUCUGCCAGGAAUCUUGGGGUCCCUAUCUCCUCCUGCCCCCAAAACUCAGGUCUGCAGGCUUUGGGGUUGCUGUGGCUCAUACCCAAGAGCAUCCCAGGACAGUCAGUGGGUAUCUGCAUCCGCACCCGCCAAACCCGCCGCUGGCUCCCGCUGUGCCAGGUAACGCACCAAGGUGGGUGAAAUGAGCUGAAAAGCAGGAGGCAAACGCCAACCCACGGGUGGUUUAUCAGGGAUAUUCUGUGUGUUGAGGCGGCCGACCUGCCCCAGUUGUACAGAGCCUGUGGGGUUUGGUCCCGCACCCAGACGGUGUGAACUGGCCGUGGGUGGACAGACGCGACACGUGUGAACACACGCGCGUGCCCGUGCGCACCGAGUGCUUGUGCAACACCCGGCGCACCGAGCGGGUCUGGAAAAGCAAAAGAAAAAGCAAACAAACCCCGAGUGGCCGAGGCAUUUUGUGAAAGACUUACAUGAGAUUAUGCUCUUAAUGGGAAAUUUAGGGGAGCGGGUAUAAAUCUCAGCUCUGCUCCAACCUGUGCUGCGGCGUUCGCCUGAGCCCUUGGGCUGGAUUAGCUCUGUGUAUUUAUGUUCUAAAGUCUGAUGUGCUUCGCAGUAUCUAAAUAUAAAUUAUUUUUACUGUAUCAAUGAUUAAAUGUUUUUCUUUGAGAUCAUAGAGUCCAAAAAAAUAAAUGUUUCUGAAAAGGCAUUCAAAAAAUUUAAAAGAAGAAAAAAAUCCCUCUGAGAACCCCUUUUGUCAUUUGCAACCAAUAAAAAUGCCUAUUGUUAUGAAGGGCUCAUAAAUAAUCUGAUUUUGGCAUGCUUUCAUACCAUACAGAAAAUGAAUAAAUUAAACUUGAUUUACAGCCUUUUUCAUUUUUAUUAGAGCCGCUCCAAACAUUUUAUGUAAUGUACGUGCCAGAUGAGCUACACCAAAUGGUUCGAGGCUCUGGUCCUGAUAUUAUAGAAAUUAAGUUAUUUUAAUUUGCAUGGUUUAAUUAACUAACACUGGCAAGGAAAGCAAGAAAAACAGAGGGAAAAGUGAUUUUUUUUAGGUGUCUGAGGACUAAAGGAGCCCAGGGGGAUCCCCCGAAGCGCUGGGGCCGGUGCCAGCGCGGGGAGGCAGCCGCGUCCCCACCGCGCUUGGGGGCCCUUCCCACUGCGAUGGACGGGGGCCACCGUCACCUCCCCAUGGGCCGCUUUGUGCAGCGCUGGUGCGAAGAGGGACGGGGUCGUGGGGAAAAUACCCCAGACUGUCCGUACUAACAACUCUGCUUGCGGCGGCACAAAACUCGAACAGGAAAGCACAUGAAAGGAUGCUGAAGCGUCGGCGCCGUGAGCCCCGCUGGCCGCGCGGGGCCGGGAUGUUCCGAGGGUUCCUCCCUCCUGCCAUUCACCCCGCAGAAUUUCACACCAGGAAACAGCUUCAUUACAUCAACAACAGGAAGACCCCACUGAUGUGUCACACAGAAAAGCAGCUGUUAGUCACACAUCAAGGGAACAGGGGAGGGGAAAAAACCCUUCACCUUUUUCUGCUUUAAUGUUCACGCUGCUCUUUCAUGUCAACCGCUCUGCAGAGGAGAGCGAGCACCCGGCUGUUCAAUAAGUAACCAUCACCCACUGAGGAUCAGUUAAUAUCUAAGUGUCUUCCUGCCUUUCCUGCUACACGAUUGCUUUGGAAAGAAAGAUUAAUUCCAACUUUAAAAAAGAAAACACUAUUUUUAUCAUUGCCAGAAGUCUAUAUGGCUUUAAAAAAGAAAAAGCACUUGCUUGUCGUUUUACAUCUUGCAAUUUUGUCAGUUGUUUUAAAACAUGUCUCCUGUAAUAAAUAAGAUCAUUUUUAUGCACUUGUUCUGCAGCUCGGAGCGAGGCCGCGGCGCGGGGGGGACAGGGAAACGCUGACUCGGCGGCUCAGCGGAGGGGCCGGGGCCGUCCCUGGGGUGCUGGAUGGUGAUUUACCUGCAACGCAGCAGGUACGCGGCGCACAAAUAGAGCGCUUUCCCAGUCUCCUUUAAACCGCAUCCAGCAGCAGCGAGCUGGGAACGGCGCUUAUUGCGGAGUGCGGCUCAGAGGGAGAUGCUGGGAGAGUCGCAGUGAUUUAAAUCCCUGUCUUGUCUUAUCCCGGCAGUUUUGUGUGCGGGACGCAGCGCCCGGUGCCCCUGCCCGCUCCAGCCCCAUUUCCCCGCGCCGGCAGCCCGUGCCACGGUACCUAAAACACCACGCUAGAGCAACCCUCUGACUAUAGCAACACGAGCAUGUGGCAGAACCGGAGAGGAUUUUCCUGCUAAAGGGCAGAGCAAAAAUAGAGAAUAAAAGCGCUGAGCGUUAGAGUGUGUGCUGUCCAAGUGGCGGCCAGCACAGGCAGGUGAAGGAAAGCACUCGACCUCUGGGAAAAACGCUUUCUUUUGGUGCAGUUUACUGUUUGUGUAUCGAAUGCUGUGGUUUGCGGCGGUUUCCUCGCGGGCAGGCCGGCUGGCCCGCCCGUCACAGCCCAUGCAUCGCUCCGGGCCCGGCUCCUGGUUCUCUCCCUUGGUAAAUGUCCCCGGUGCACCACGUGUGCCGGCCCGGCAAAGCACCUCUGUGCAUCUCCCAGAGCUGUGGAUGAGGCUGGAAGGCCCCAGGAGUGAGGGGCACCCCCGGUGUGUGUCACCCCAAACCCUGCCUGGGGCUCAUCCCAAGCUGCUGGAAGAACUUCCAGAAAAGCACCAUUCCCCCUGCACCGUUCCCCUGCACUGUUCCCUCUUCACCGUUCCCCUGCACCGUUCCCUCUUCACCGUUCCCUCUUCACCGUUCCCCUGCACCGUUCCCCUGCACCGUUCCCUCUUCACCGUUCCCUCUUCACCGUUCCCCUGCACCGUUCUCCUGCACCGUUCUCCUGCACCGUUCCCCUGCACCGUUCCCCUGCACGGCCGCGCUCCGCAGGCUGCAGACCCAGCAGAGCGCACGGGUGCUGGGAUACGUCCUUGGGAAAAUAAAGCCUCUCUGAAGCAGCCCAGGUGGGGCGAGCCCUGAUUAGGCAGCAAAAAUAUCAUUAGUCAUUUCUGAAAGCGCUCACGGAGGCUUUUUGUCUUCUUUGGCUUUACUUUUCUUCAAAAUAUUUUGCUUUUCAUCUGGUGCCUGUGUUAUUUUGAUUCGGCAAGCGGUCUGGCGUAUUUUAUUGGAAUACCCUUUGUGGCGGGCGAUCUCUCAGGUGACUUGUGGAGCAGAAAGGAACACGAAAUAGGGAAGUUUUUCCCUCCCUUUGGUCACUGUUCCCCUUAAUGAAAACAGGACCCAGAUGGAUUUCAGAAUGAAGCCCAUAGCCAGAGACGGGCAUCGGCACUGAGCAGGAUUCACCAUUACCCGUGACAGCCCCUUGAUGAAUUGUAACCCAGCGCACACCAGCUGCAUCCAGAGAUGUUCUGUGGUUGCUCCA